AAAUACAUAGUUUUAAAUUACAGUGUUUAGAAUCAGAGUGAAGUUGAAAUAUAGUAGGUCAGAUAGAAUUUACUUUAAAUGUGCUUUCUAGCACAGCAAAGUGCACUUGUUCUUUUAAUUGUAAAUUCAGUUUUCGGAAGUCAUUUACCUAACACUUCCUGCCCACCAUCAGAUGUAACAUACACUCCACCCAGUCCUCCACCCCUUGCUGGGUCAACUGGAGGAAGUUGUAAAAUUCCAGAUGAAUGUGGUGGCAUGCAGAUAUGCUCUAAAAGUGGUAUUUGUGAAGCCCCUGAGUGUUCAACAGAUGCAGAUUGUGAGGCCAAAACAGACCAUCCUGUCAAAUGUCAAACACUUGGAGCUAUGUCUUCUUGUGUUCAUCAAUUCUGUGAUAGUAAUAAUAACUGCACCAAACUGGGAGAAGGCUAUGGAUGCUAUUUAAAUCAAUGUAAACCCCGCUAUGGCAAAUGCACUGACUCCUGUGAUUGUGUUACCAUGUAUGGACUGCAACAAGGAGAAGGAAUAUGUGAGGAAAAAAAUUGUUUUUGUAGAACUCGACACAUAUCUGAGUGCAAAAAAACUACUAGUCCACCUGGAAUAGAUCCCAUUACUCCACCAGUAAAAGAGGAUAUAACAACAACUAAACCACCAGCCCAGUUUAUAACUGAAUCAAUAACAGCUAUAAACACUAUGGUGACUCCCCCUAUUCACAGAGGAAAUAGUCCCUCUCCAAAUGAUACCUGCAUUGUUCCUGCAGUUCAAAGUUUAGGAAAUCUUAAUGAUGCUUGCAGUGUCCAAAGUGCUUGCAAUGCAAUGUCUGACCUUGUGUGCUCUAUGGACAAUGGUACAGAUAUGGGUACAUGCAAACAGUUAUCAUGUACAACCAAUGCAGAGUGUAUCAAAGGAUCUUUUCCAAUGGAAUGUGGAGGUGGAUUUUGUAGGAAGAAAGAUUGUUCCAAUACAGUUUGCCCAGAUGGAUAUGGUUGUUACAGUGAUGGACAAUGUAAAAAGAUUUUAGGAAAAUGUGAUUUUGUUUGUGAUUGUGGAGAAUGUCCUGAGUUAGAUUGUUUCAAAAAUCAAUGCUAUUGCACCAAUGAUUUAGAUGCAUGUGGAACACCUUCUGGAUUACCAAACCCACCAAUUGGAGGUAUUUCUGUUCCUAAAGUGUCCCAUGAAAACUGUUCUGUUGCUGAGUGUCCAAGUGACUGGGUGAAAACAAGUGUUGGCUGUUACAAGCUAAUCUCAGAACUCUCCUCCUUUGAUGAUGCUGUAUCUAAAUGUAAAGCACAGAAAGGUUUUCUUGCGAAAGUUGACUCAAAGAAGGAAAUGGAAGAAUUGCUUGGUUCUGUUUUAGAAAAUGGAAUACUUGUGACCUGGAUUGGCCUGAAAAAGACUGAUGGUGUUGCAAAGUGGGUGGUUGACUUAACCCCUAUUGAAUACUCUCCCAGUGCUUAUGUCAGGAUUGAAACUGACCCUGAAAAAGCCUGUGUCCAAACAUUCAGCACCUACUGGCAAAACUCUCUAUGCUCAAGUAUGCUGCCUGCACUGUGUGAAAUCAAUCCAAGCAACAAAAAAUAAAUAAAUAGGGAUUAAAAGGGAAGAACUUAAAAUCAAAUUUUGAUAAAUUCUUGCUCAAUAUUUU